CGCCAUGGAUAUGGGCAGCCUGACAACGGUGGUGGCCAACUCGGCCUACAUCUCGGCGCGCGGGAGCUUCGACGGCACGGCCAACCCGUCCGCCAACCGGGACAAGAAGUACCACGCCCGCCUGAAGCUGCCUCACAUCACGGUGUGCGAGGGCCUCAGGGAGACUCUGGACCUGGGCUUCCAGACCGCCUGCGUGGAGCAGCCCAUCGGCAAGCGUCUGUUCCAGGAGUUCCUGGAGGCCAACAACGAAUACAAAGGCCCCUGCCGCCUGUGGAAGGACGUGGAGGAGUACAACCAGGCCGAGGACCAGGACCGCGUUAAGAAGGCCUCCAAGAUGCUCUCUCGCUACAUGGAUCCGAGCGCCAAACACUUCUGCCCGUUCCUGCCGGAGAACGACAUCACCAAGGUGAAGGAGAAGCACGCGGAGGCCGGAGACGAUCUGUUCGUGGAGACUCUGACCAGCGUACUGGACUUCCUCAAGGAGGUCCCUUAUACGUUCUACCUGGACAGCAUGCACCUGAAGAGGUUCCUCCAGUGGAAGUGGCUGGAGAUGCAGCCCACGGGGGAGGACUGGUUCAUGGACUUCCGUGUCCUUGGGAAGGGGGGCUUCGGGGAGGUACACGCCACCUCCAUGAAGGCCACGGGGAAACUGUACGCCUGCAAGAAGCUCAACAAGAAGAGGCUGAAGAAGAGGAAAGGAUAUGAGGGUGCGAUGGUGGAGAAGAGAAUUCUGGCACGUGUCCACAGCAGGUUCAUCGUGUCACUGGCCUACGCCUUCCAGACCAAGACUGAGCUCUGUCUGGUCAUGACCAUCAUGAAUGGAGGAGAUUUGAGGUAUCAUAUCUACAAUGUGGAUGAGAACAACCCAGGGUUUGAUGAGCAGAGGGCCUGUUUCUACACAGCUCAGAUCAUCCAGGGUAUGGAGCACCUGCACCAGAAGAGAAUCAUCUACAGAGACCUCAAACCUGAGAACGUGUUGUUGGAUAAUGAAGGUAACGUGCGUAUCUCUGACCUUGGUCUGGCCGUGGAGCUGGCGGACAACCAGACCAAUAUCAAAGGCUACGCUGGGACUCCAGGGUUCAUGGCUCCAGAGCUGCUGAAAGGGGAGGAGUAUGACUGGUCAGUGGACUACUUUACCCUUGGGGUCACACUGUAUGAGUUCAUCGCUGCCAAGGGACCUUUCAGAACCCGAGGAGAGAAGGUGGAGAACAAAGUAGUGAAGAAGAGGAUUCUGAACGACCCCGUGGCCUACCCGGAGAAGUUCAGUGAGAAAGCCAAGUCCAUCUGCGAGGCGCUGCUGUGCAAGACGGUGGACCAGAGGCUGGGCUUCAAGAACGGGUCCUGCGACGAGCUCCGAGCGCACCCCUUCUUCAGCGAACUCAACUGGAUGAAACUGAACGAAGGGAUCCUGGUGCCUCCGUUUGUUCCCGACUCCAAGACGGUCUACGCCAAGGAUCUGGACGCCGUCGGAGCUUUCUCAACAGUGAAGGGAGUCACCCUGGACGACCCCGACAAGGAGUUCUUUGACGAGUUCGCCUCGGGGAACAUCCCCAUUCCCUGGCAGGAGGAGAUGAUCGAGACGGGGAUCUACGGGGAGCUGAACCUCUGGGGGGUCGGGGGGGCGCUGCCCAACGACCUGCGCAGGGAGAGCAUCCUGGAACCCCCGAAGUCCUCCACCUGCUGCCUGUCAUAG